UUCUCAUUUAAAUAUUUAAAUAUGACCAUUUAACUUAGUUUUGUGUUUACAAACGGAGACGGUGCUUCAAGACCGCAUUUAUUACACAGUUAGGAAGAAUGUUAUUGUUUGGAGCAGGUUUUGCAACAGUGUUGCCCAUGGUGUUCGGCCUCCUACGGAUCCGGCACUCCGGGGACAAGGCUGGGUGUCCUGAUGGCGAACCCAUGAUGAUUCUUCAAGCUGAUCAGUUAUUGGAAUGUUUUCGACAAUGUAGCAAAAUAGCUGCUUGCAAGUCGUUUUCGUUCGCUGACAGAAAGUGUGAGCUGUUUAAUGCUUCUAUUGUACCGGGCAAAGGAAGCGGGUGUUACGCUACAGAAAAAACAGAAUACGUUAUGUUCUGCGAGAAACUAACGUACACUUUGUCCUGUCCACUCAACCUGCAACUGAACAUCAUCGGCGCCAACUAUGGUCGGACAAGAGCAGAUUACUGCCCGGGUCCGAUUCGAACAUAA